AGGAUCCGCUGUCGAUGUCCGACAAAUCGAACAAGAAACGGAAGUGAAGCAUGAGAGGAAAGAAAAUAGAUGUUUUGUGUAUGAAGUUAGUCCGCUAAUGUUCACUAGUACUAUCAUAGAAGAAGGACGUUAAAGCGGUGAACAGCUGAAGGAAGCAUUAACCUUUCUGUUCGUGAUUAGACAUUAGUCCUCCUGGACUAAACCUUCACUUUCUCUCCGAGAGGAACAAAGUGUCAGUCAGCCAGGAUGGAUCCAGCUCUACUGAGGGAGAGGGAGCUGUUCAAGAAAAGAGCUUUGUCCACUCCAGCUGUAGAGAAGAGACAGGCUGCCUCUGACUCACACAAGAAGAAGAAGCCCAGAGUUGACAAGGAGAGCUCCUCUGGGUCCAAACACGGCGCUGAGUCUAGUAAUGGCAACUUUAACAUCAAGACGAGCUCUGGGUAUAAGUUUGGCUGCCUAGCCAAGAUAGUCAAUUAUAUGAAGACGAGGCAUCAGAACGGCGACACACACUGCCUGACUCUAGACGAGAUUCUGGAUGAGACCAAACUUCUUGACAUCAGCAUGAAACAGAAACAGUGGCUCAUGACCGAGGCCUUGGUCAACAACCCGAAAAUUGACGUCCGAGACGGGACGUAUGGCUUCAAGCCCAAGUACAACCUGAAGGACAAGAAGGCCUUACUGAGGCUGCUGGACAAACACGACCAGCUGGGCCUGGGUGGAGUGCUGCUGGACGACGUGGAGGAGGGGCUGCCCAACUCAGCCAAGGCAAUCAAGGCUCUGGGGGAUCAGAUCAUCUUUGUGACGAAACCAGAUAAGAAGAAGAUCCUAUUUUACAACGACAAACACUGCCAGUUUGUGGUAGACGAAGAAUUCCAGAAAUUGUGGAGGAGCGUUCCAGUUGAUUCCAUAGAUGAUGAGAAGAUUGAGGAGUACCUGAAGAAACAAGGCAUCUCCUCCAUGCAAGAAACGGGACCAAAGAAAGUGUUACCGGUUCAAAAGAGGAAGAAGCAAGGGAACAGGAAGAGACAUUUCAAGACCCACAACAACCAUUUGGCUGGCGUACUGGAGGACUAUUCAGAGGGUGUUCCUGUUAAGAAGUGAGAUCGUUUCCCUCGCUGCUUCAUGCCCCUCAGAGGAGUGAUGCAGAAUCUGUAAAUGAAACUGGCUGGAGAUGGAGACCCCGGCCACACUACAAUACAAAGACUUUUUCAUGGCUGUCUGUUGUGUCAAAACUAGCUCAUUUUCCUUUCUUUGCACUCCUCUCAGUGAUCAGUGGUCUUGUAUUACAUGGAGUGAAUAGCAACUGCGUUGUGGAAUCCUUUUUAUUUUGUUUAUUGAUCAGUGAUAACUGGAGGACACUGGAGGAAAAGAAAGCCGAGACCAUUUAAGGACAAUGAACGCCCUUACCAAAAGCACCAUCCUGCAACCGUACUGUUUAAAUGUAAAUGAGGUUGAAGUGGGUUAAAUACUUUUUUUUCUUCAUUUUAUUUAGUAUAUCGCAAAGAGGUGUGUGUGGGGAAGCUUUUAUUUUAAAAGGGCAGCCGCCUUCCAUCCUUUUAAUAGGAAUAGCAGAAGACAGGCUUGUGUUGUGUUGUGCAGUGCAUCACAUUGAGGUCUCUCAUCCAGCAUGAAACAUCUCGGACGUUACUUCUCGUGGAAUUACAAAGUAUUUAAAUUCUCAUCACUUUGCAGCACCAUGCGGCAUAGUUGUCAAAAAUACUAAAAACUUUUUGAACUUAUUUUAAUAAAUUACACUGUUACAAGA